GAAUCGAUUUGACGUUUGCUGGAUCAGUCUAUUUCCCCCCCCUAUGUGUUCGUGAACUUAUCAGUGAAACGGAAGGAAUAGAGAGAAGGUCGACCCAACAACAAAAUGAAUGAGCCCGAGGGACUGCGGUUCAGGAGGUUGAACAGACCUCACAUAAUCACAGACGAAACCCACGAACCCCAGUAUAAAGCCACAAGCACUUACAGUGGGAAGGUGUUCCGUGUGACGUUACUGACCAUGGUGGCUUUUCUUCUCCUCCCUCUGCUGGUGGUCGUUUUUGUGCUGGAGUCUCCCAUCCAGCCGGAGGUCUUCAGUCUUAAUGAACCACCGCUUAUGACUGGCUGUUAUGAGCCCAACUUGAAACUCAGGCAGGCUGAGCGACUGUUUGAGGAGCGACUCGUUGGCCCAGAAUCCCUUGCCAAUAUUGGAGAUGUUUUCUACACUGGGACGGCUGAUGGAAAGAUAGUCAAAAUAGAGGGAAGGAACAUUCAUGUAUUAGCAACAAUUGGCAAGCCACCAUGUGGCUCUCGAGAGCACGAGCACACAUGCGGACGUCCUCUGGGAAUCCGAGUGGGACCCAACGGAACCUUGUUUGUAGCUGAUGCUUAUUUGGGACUGUUUGAGGUCAAUCCUGUCACAGGUGAGGUGAAAUCUCUGGUGAGCACGGAGAAGAGGAUCGCCGGUCGACGUCUGGGCUUUGUGAACGAUCUGGAUGUGACUCAGGAUGGGAAAAAGGUGUACUUCACUGACUCCAGCAGCAGGUGGCAGCGCAGAGACUUCAUGCACCUCAUCAUGGAGGCCACAGCAGAUGGACGAGUGCUUGAGUAUGACACGGAGACUAAGGAAGUUAAUGUGAUGAUGGAGAACCUCAGGUUUCCUAACGGCAUCCAGCUCUUCCCUGAUGAGGAGUCUGUUCUGGUGGCUGAAACCACAAUGGCAAGAAUCAAGAGAGUUCACGUGUCUGGUCUCAAUAAAGGAGGAAUGGAUACAUUUAUAGAGAACCUGCCGGGUUUUCCUGACAACAUUCGGCGCAGUUCUUCAGGUGGAUACUGGGUGGCCAUGUCUGCUGUGCGGCCAAACCCAGGCUUCUCCAUGCUGGACUUCCUUUCUCAAAGACCCUGGCUGAAGAAACUCAUCUUUAAGCUCUUCAGUCAAGACACUCUGUUGAAGUUCGUGCCGCGUUACAGUCUGGUGGUGGAGCUGCAGGGCGACGGCACGUGCGUGCGCAGUUUCCACGAUCCUCAGGGCCUGGUUUCAGCCUACAGCAGCGAGGCUCACGAGUACAGCGGACACCUCUACCUGGGCUCCUUCCGCUCGCCGUAUCUCUGCAAGCUGGAUCUGAGCAAAGUGUGAAACUCCACAGAUGCUCCGCUGCUUUCACCGUGGCUUCCAGACGAACAGAUUUUCAAGCAAUUAACGCUGGCAAGGCAUCAACAAAAACACUUAUCAACUUCUUCCAGAUUACAGUUAACAAACGAACAAACACAGUCCUUUCAUUUGAUCCCCGUAUUCUUCCUUUAGCUCCGACAGAUGCCUGUUUUUUGUUUUUCAUUAAUCUGCGUGGGUGAUUUUUCCUUUUUUAGAGCCGAGCGACGUAUAAUGAGCUCUCAGACAGGCUGUUUUUAAAUUAAAAGACGUGCCAUUACUAUUUUCGUUUCUCGGUGCGGUUUCUGGGCUCGUUUUAUCUGCACCGACCUUAAUAUAGAGCUGCCAACUGGUUUCCUUGAAGAUGCUGAGCACGUCGGCAGAAUAGAGAUGUUGUUUAGGGGAAGUGAAAGGACAUUUCGGGUUCAUUAUGAAUCUCUGAAACGCACAGCCAUAGCUAUUUCUGGUGUGGUUAUUUUUAAUCGAGUGGUUGAAAGUAUUAAUUCAUCAUUAUUUGUAUAUGUUGCCGUGUCACUCUUGCCUGAUAAACAAUGCUGGCUUUACAGUA